AGGGCAGAAUGCAUCCCAGAAGCCUUUGCGCCUUGAACAUGGCUGCGACCGGCGGUACGAGAGCGCCUGACCCUUCUUCAGUAGCCGGGCUUGCCGGUUUCCCGUUCGCGAUUCCAGCUGUCCCCUCUGAAAAAGCGUCGGAAAAGACGGAUGAACAUAAAAAGAAACCUUGCAGGGCUUGCAUGGAUUUUAAAUCGUGGAUCAAAGAGCAGAGGAAACAGUCAACGCUUCAGGAGAGCCGGGGGGAGGAGGAGAGGGAGCGUCCCGUGGAGUGCCCCCUUGAUCGGGAGGAGCUGGGCAGGAGCACCUGGUCCUUUCUUCACACCAUGGCAGCCUACUACCCCGACACGCCCAGCGGCAGCCAGCAGCAGGAGAUGAAGCAGUUCGUCAAUCUCUUCUCCAAGUUCUUCCCCUGCGAGGAGUGCGCCGAGGACUUGAGAUCCAGACUGAAAUCUAAUCAGCCGGACACGAGCAGCCGGCACAACCUGUCUCAGUGGAUGUGCCACCUGCAUAACGAAAUCAACGUCCGCUUGGGCAAGCCUGAGUUUGACUGUGGGAAGGUGGAUGAACGAUGGCGAGAUGGCUGGAAAGAUGGAUCCUGCGACUGAACCAGGCCCUGCUGGGCACGGAGACCCUGAGCCUUGACUGAAGGCUGCCGCGCGUGCACGGCCCUUUCAGAAGUAGGCAUCCCAGCGCGUGCCGGUCCCCUCUCUUCCUCGGCUCCGAGACCUUUGGUUUUUGUGUCCUGUGAGCUGACCCGGCUCUCGUGAAAAGAAAAACGGGUCUCCGUUUCCCGUUUGACAUCGUCUCUCUGCGAUUUUCGUUUGACAAACGAGUGAAUAUUUCUCCUCUAAAUAAGGCAACGACCAAUUGUUCUAGCUUGUUAAUUGGGGAAAAAUAAAGCACUAAUACCAUCCGCAAUUACGAAUGAACCUUAGCUAAUCAAUUACCUCUUCAAUGCCUGAUUUUGAUCCCUGGGACAAGUAAUUCCAGUAUUUGAAUACGUGUCUUUGUUUUCAGAUCAAAUACUUACCAUACAAUGUAGUAGCAUAGCAAUAUGCUCUUACUUUGGCUCAACGGAAGUCUUUAAAUCCUAUAAUCUUAUAACAGUUCUGGAUUGUGACUGUACAGAACAGGGGAACACCCUGCAAUAGUAUCUUUAAUGAUACUUGAGAGAACUUAAAAACCUGAGAAAGCACAGCAGCUUUAUCAGGUCAAAGGAUAUGAUUACCAGUGGAAAGUGCAAAAUGGCUGUGCUGUGUUUUCGUUGGUUUUCUGGUAUUGUUUCUGCAGAUACAGAGCCAUUUCCUGACAAAUAGUCUGCAGUAUAGAAGGGUUUUCUGUUCUGUUUAACGCAAGUCACUUAUGGUAGCACAGUACAUCAAGCGAUCAACUUACACACGCAUGUAUGUAGUAUUCUUUCUUCCUGUAACAUAACAUGAUUUUCCCAUCUUUGUUUAUAGUUGCAAAUACCCUAUGACCCAACAGGGGCAGCUCAUAAACUUCCCUGCAAAAGGUGCGCUUCAGAAAAUGACUUACUAACUUGAAAUGUGCAAGUCUACCUCUGCUUCAUGAAUACUACAGGUUGUACUUGAACCCCGUCCCAUUGAGUAUGAGUUUGCAAAAUAUUAGCCAUGUUCUCGUGUUUCUUUUCUUUUUCAGGCGAUUUUAAGUCCCUUAACUCUUGUUCCACUCCCAACUUCACAGUUCUGCACUGAAUAUAAAAUCCCCCCAGGAGCUGUUAUGUUUUAUACAUUUUCUCUUGACAAAAGGUUAGACUUAAACAGGACCUGGGGGAGAUUUUAUUUCCAUUAUUACCUUAGGGGUGUGAGACAUUUUGUGAGAGGCUGUGGAUUUGAAGCACUGUUCUGUGUAGUAGACGACAGCUCUAAAGUUUCAUUGAGGAAAGAGUCUCCAAUGGAGACCGUGUAACAGUGCGGCAGGGGGCGGAGCCGCGGCGAGCGCCGGUAAAGGUCGACGCCCCUUCUGAAGAGGCGGAGGCACCGGUGUGAGGUUAGCGAAAACCGAAAAAAAA